GUGUUCCCUGCCCCUAAACCCCCGGAAUUUUGCAGGAAUGCUGCGCAAGCUGCAGAUCCAGCAGGAAGAAGACCUGCAGGCCGUGGUGGAGGUGGCUGCCCACGUGUUCAGCGAUGGGGUGACCAACUGGGGCCGGGUGGUGACGCUGGUGGCCUUCGGGGCCUUCGUGGCCAAGCACCUGAAGAGCAUCAAGCAGGAGCAGAGCAUCGGGCCCCUGGCUGGGAUCAUCACGGACGCCCUGGUCUCGACCAAGAGGGAGUGGCUGGAGAGCCAGGGGGGCUGGGAGGGCUUUGUGGACUUUUUCCGCGUGGAGGACCUGGAGGGCAGCAUCCGGAACGUCCUGAUGGCCUUCGCGGGGGUGGCCGGCCUGGGGGCCAGCCUGGCCUACAUGAUCCGGAGGACACGGAGCCAUCCCUGGAGCAGCUCCUGAGGAAGAGGAGGGUGUGAUCCCAGCUGGUGGCUGCUGAUGGAUGCAGGAUUCCUGGCUUUUGGAAGGGUUUUUUCCUCUCUUCCCCUCGCCUGGAGGAGCUCAAGUGGAUUUUGCUUCACGUGGAUCCCCGAGGAACCAACUCCAGCAGCUCUCCCCCAGGGCUGGGCGAGGCAGCUGAGCCCGGAGCAGAUGUUGUCAGGGUUGUGGUUGUGGGUUUUUGGGUGUUGGUUUUUUUUUUUUAUUUUUUCCUGGAAAUGGCACCUUCUGCUGCUGCUGCUCUGCCUGAACUCGCAGCUCUGUUGCUCUGGGGCAGAAGCACUGCACGCUGGGGAUGCUGUGCCAGCCUGCACCUGCAGCCAGAGCCCUGCCAGCCCCUUUCCUCCCCAUGGCAUGGGGGCCUGGGGGGGCUGGGGGUCACCCCCAGCUCUGUCCCUGCCCCAAACAGCCUUGGCUGCACACAGACAGUUCAGAAAUAACAAAUGCGUUUUGUAAUUAUGUAAAAAGAACAAC